UCUGGGUGUAAUCGAGUGUGUCCUUGCGAUAAAACCAACCUUUGUGCACGCAACAUACACUAUAAAUACUUCUUUAAACAUAGGAAGAAUAUCAUAGAAGAGAUAUCGUCAUUAGACGUUGUCUAGCAACAUCAGUUUGAGCUUGAUACUGGGAUAAAUAGUAAAAUGGGUUCGAUCUUAUGGUUUCUAGGGAUUAUAUUCUUUCUCGACGGCAUGCUUCGUUGCAUGGCCAACACAAACGUCCACAACUAUAACUUCGUCCUGAAGGAGACAAAUUUCACGCGGCUAUGUAGCACGAAGAGCAUGUUAACUGUGAACGGCAGUUUUCCUGGGCCAACGAUUCGCGUUCACAAAGGGGAUACUGUUUAUGUUAAUGUACAAAAUCAAGGGAAAUAUGGCGUCACCAUCCACUGGCAUGGGGUCAAGCAACCAAGGAAUCCAUGGUCAGAUGGACCUGAGAACAUCACUCAAUGCCCCAUUCCACCUAAUACAAGCUUCACUCAACAGAUCAUAUUUUCAGACGAGGAAGGAACUCUUUGGUGGCAUGCUCAUAGUGAUUGGUCACGUGCUACUGUACAUGGUGCCAUCAUUAUUUUACCAUCUCCAAAUACCACUUACCCAUAUCCUAAGCCUUAUGCAGAAGAGACUAUUGUUCUUGGGGAAUGGUAUAAAGGAGAUGUGAUGGCCAUAAUUGACGAGGCACUUGCAACUGGUGGCGAUCCAAACACUUCAGAUGCUUUCACUAUUAACGGCCAACCUGGAGAUCUGUAUGAUUGUUCCAAAGAAAGUACGUACCAUCUACUGGCUAACUACGGAAAGACCUAUCUUCUACGCAUAAUCAACGCGGUGAUGAACGAAGAACAGUUCUUCGGAAUCGCAAACCACAGCCUCACAGUUGUAGGGACGGAUGGUGCAUACAUCAAACCCAUAACAACAAAUUACAUAAUGAUAACUCCAGGACAAACCAUGGACGUUUUGGUUACAGCCAACCAGGCUCUCAGUCACUAUUACAUUGUUACGACGCCUUUUGCCGACACCUCUGCUCCCUUUGACAACACUACUGCCACGGCAAUUCUCCAGUACACCGGCAAUUAUAGUGCCCCUUCAUCUCCUAGCUUUCCAACACUUCCUAGUUACAAUGACAAAGCAGCUGCAGACAACUUUACAAAGCUCUUGAGGAGCUUAGCAAGCAAACAGCACCCUGUCCAAGUGCCUAAAACAAUCACGAAAAGUAUCUUUAUCACUGUUUCUGUAAAUCAGUUGUACUGCCCUGAUGAAUCGUGUGCUGGACCGAAUGGUAAUCGGCUAUCGGCAAGCUUGAAUAAUAUAAGUUUUCAGACCCCAGAAAUUGAUAUCCUCCAAGCAUAUUACAGGAACCUGCCCAACGUUUAUACCAACAAUUUCCCAAAGCAGCCUCCGUAUUAUUUCAACUUCACGGGAGAUGUAGGGAACAAUACAAUUUUUCCAAGCCUAGGGACGAAGGUCUUGACAAUAGAUUAUAAUGAUACUGUUGAGAUAGUGUUUCAAGGGACUAAUAUUGGGGCAGCUGAGAAUCAUCCAAUGCACCUGCAUGGUUUUAGCUUCUUUGUGGUCGGGAUUGGUUCAGGGAAUUUCGACAAUAAGACAUCUCCAAAGUCUUAUAAUUUGGUUGAUCCACCAGAAGUUAACACCAUUGGAGUUCCUAAGAACGGAUGGCUUGCAAUCAGAUUCAUUGCUAAUAAUCCCGGAGUGUGGUUUAUGCACUGUCAUUUGGAAAGGCAUGCUAGCUGGGGUAUGAAUACUGUGCUUGUAGUGAAGAAUGGAGGCACCAACGCAACAAGCAUCCGCCCACCUCCUAAAUAUAUGCCUCCUUGUUCCAAGUCCUAGUUUUGGGAAAUUGACAUCUUCAAUUUCAAGUGUCAUGUAAUAAUACUGGUAACUGAUAUUUAAUAAUUCUCUGACGACUUGUCUUUUCAUU